AUCAACCAUAAAAGUAGCACACAAUAAAAAGAAUCCAUCCCAAUCCCAAAUGGGAUACCAAUCAAUCAAUAUACCCAUUUUUGCGUCUUAAUGCAUUAUUCAGUUAUUUGUUCCAUUUCAUUUCCAUAUGUUCAUUAUCACGGAUCAUCAUCAUAAUUCAUAACCAUCAAAACAACCUUUCCUCUUUCUCUUGAUUUUUGUGACCCUUUUCCCAAUUGGCGGUUUCAUUUAUGUCACUUUAUCGUAUUUAUAUAAACUUUCAUCAUCAUCAUCAGACCUGAUGUAUUGCUCACGAAAAUUUUAUAAUCCAACAUCAUCAUCAUAUUCGAUAUAUACCGCUAAUUAAAACUUUAUAAAAUCCUACAUACUUGUAUUGAUUUGCUAAGUUCUUUAUUCUUCCAUCUUUUAAAGAAGAAAAAGAAAAUGGGUGAUUGGCAUUCCAUACAUCUCAAAAUCUUGUAUGAAGUAUUAGGAUGGGUUGCUUUUGUUGCUUGGUCUAUCAGUUUUUACCCUCAAAUUAUCAUGAAUUUUAGACGCAAAAGUGUUGUGGGUCUAAAUUUCGAUUUUGUGAUCCUGAAUUUGACGAAGCAUUCAUCAUAUUUGAUCUACAAUGUGGUUCUGUUCUUUAGUACGACUGUUCAAGCUCAAUAUCGUCACAAAUUUGGCUCUAAUCAGAUGAUACCAGUUGCUGCAAAUGAUGUUGCGUUUUCAACACAUGCUGUUUUGUUAACUGCAUUUACCCUCUUCCAAAUUUUCAUUUAUGAGAGGAAGACUCAGAGAUUCUCAAAGGUUGCCAUUACAAUUGUCUGUAUUGUAUGGUUGUCUGCUGCUGUUUGUGUUUUCAUAGGCAUUCACAGACAUUCAUGGCUCUGGUUGAUCUCUGUUUUCAAUACUAUUCAGGUUGUCAUGACAGUCAUCAAAUAUGUGCCUCAGGCGUUCAUGAAUUUUCGACUAAAAAGCACUGAUGGGUUUAGCAUUGGAAACAUUUUGCUGGAUUUGUUGGGUGGUGUUACAAAUUAUGGACAAAUGACUGUGCAAUCUGUAGAUCAGAAAUCAUGGGUCAAUUUCUAUGGAAACAUAGGGAAAACAUUACUAUCAUUGGUGUCUAUUUUCUUUGACAUUCUAUUCAUAAUCCAGCAUUAUGUGCUAUAUCCAGCAAAGAAAAAGAAGGAUGAGCUCCCUAUACAAUCCUCAAGUUAAGACAUAAUACAUACAUCAACCAAUAAACAAGUGGAAGUCAUUCACUAACAUUGGAAACUUGGGGUAAUGAUCAAAUGGAAUGAACAUACAUCAACAAAGACUAAUCAAGGUAUAGAGGUGGGAUUUGGCGACCAAAUUGAUUGUGAUUUUAAGAGAUAAGAAUGUAUAUAUAGGUUAAAUCUUGAUAAGGAUCGUGUUAGGAGCUACUUUUGUGAGAAACCGUCUUUCAGUGUGACGACCUCAAACCAAGGAGCUUAUAUGUUAAUAAUUGUAUUAGUUCGGCUAUUCAAACCAUAUAUAAAAAACUUUUCACGA